GAUCCAGGUAUAUGAGGGUGAGCGUGCUAUGACCAAGGACAACAACAUUCUGGGCAAGUUUGAGCUAACUGGUAUCCCUCCUGCACCCCGUGGAGUUCCUCAGAUUGAGGUGACAUUCGAUGUCGAUGCCAAUGGUAUCCUUAAUGUAUCUGCAACUGAUAAGAGCACUGGCAAAGAAAACAAGAUCACAAUCACCAAUGAUAAGGGUCGUCUGACAAAGGAGGACAUUGAACGUAUGGUGAAUGAUGCAGAGAAGUACAAAAAGGAAGAUGAAGACCAACGAGACAGAAUUACUGCAAAGAAUUCUCUGGAAAGCUAUGCUUUCAACAUGAAGUCUACCGUGGAAGAUGAAAAGUUGAAGGACAAGAUCAGUGAGGAAGACAAGAAAACAAUCAUUGAUAAAUGUAAUGAAGUCAUCAGCUGGCUCGAUGCCAAUCAGCUAGCAGAGAAGGAGGAGUUCGAACACAAGCAGAAGGAAGUAGAAGGCGUAUGUUCUCCAAUCAUUACCAAAUUGUAUCAGGCUGCAGGAGGUGCCCCCGGUGGAAUGCCAGAUGGCAUGCCUGGUGGUAUGCCAGGAGGUAUGCCCGGAGGAGGUAUGCCAGGGGGUGGGGCAGCCCCAGGAGCUGGCAGUGG